AUGUCUCAAGAUCUUAUGAGUCAAUUUUAUAGUUGCUUUAAUUUACCUUUGCAAGAGAGGUUAAUAGAACUGACGAGAAUUAUAGACCAGUCAAGCCCAACUAAAGAUUUGCAAGCAUUAUUUCCACAACUCAUAAAUAAUAUAUUUGCUCCAUCAUUCAAUAAUGGCUGGGGCUUAAAAACAGUUACAUGUGAUGGAAACAGAAAUUUGUUUGAAACAUUAAUGGCAUUCUUAGAACCUCAAGGACCAAUGUUUCAAUUGUGUUAUAAAUUACUUUCUGAUCCACAAUUAAAGUAUAAUCUUCCACUUAAUGCUCUUCCGUUGGACUUGCAAAUGACAUUGGAAAGAGGUCGUUGCCCACAAUUUUAUGUUGAUAUGUUGUCAGUGGAUUCUCAUACACUAAAUGUAGUCGGAUUAACACUAAACCCAUUUGACUAUUAUAUAUUUCAUUUUGCUCUGCAUCUGAUCAGUAAUAGCCAAAACAAAAGUUCAUGGGAGAAUUGGAACAGUGCUUAUUUUUCUCUUGCAUGUGACUAUCUAAUACAUUUUUUGCCCUCGGAUCCAAAUGUACCAGUGCUACCACACAUACCACAUUAUACGGGAAAAGUGCCUAUGGUUGCUCCGUUGCAAACUGUAAAUAGACCCCUUGGCUCCCCAUCAUUGCUUCUAAUACCAGAUUUAUCUGGUAUAAGUAACCAGCAUAAUUCUUCCCAAACACAAUCACGUAAUGAAGUGUGGCGUUCAGAGACAGUUUUACAAGUUUUUAUUGAUAUAUGGAUGAGCAUUGAACAAUACAGUACAGGCAAUAUUGAAAAUUAUCAACGAAAUUAUUCUGCCGUGUCUUCUAGUCCCGAGAGAGUGAGAACUGUGCGUGUUCUUGUUAAACACAUUUAUUCUUUUUCGGCAAAAUAUCUCUCAGAUCAUGCAACUCGAUCAUCUGCCCUUCGAAAAUAUGCGCGGCAAAUAAUGUGCGCAAGAGCAUACCACUAUGUGAAACAUUUAGUGACGACAUGGCCUUUAGAUGCAUCAUUUAGAUUAGUGUUGGAACUUUGGCUGAGUUUGAUCCAACCUUGGCGGUAUAUUGACAACACAACCAGUCAGGAAAGGUUUUCCAAUGUACAACAAACCCAUGAAGAAGGCAACACAAAUACUCUAGAUGCAAGCUUCACACAAUUUAUUGCUGAGAAUUUUCCCUCUUACACCUGCAUUUUUCAAUUAGUUUUACCAAGAUUUAUGAGGCUGGACUUGACCACAUACAAAAAUGCUGUAAUGCUGUUUAGAUUAGGAAAGGUAUUUUCACAACAACACCUUGUCCCGAUUCUUUGGAAUUUAGAAAGAGCAAUGACAGAAAAUGCUGCAGGAUUGCAACAUAGUCCAGAUAACAGUUAUAACAACAAUUCAAAUUUUGACCAAAGUUACACAUAUAACGGUAUCGCUUUAAAUAAAUGGGUAACUAUUGCUAAACAAGCUUUAUCGGAACUGAAUCUAACGACUGAUUUUGAAUACACUCCAAUCUGGUCUGAAAAUAGGAAACAUUAUGCACUGGAAUUUGUAAGAAAAAUUAUUUCAUUAAAAAUAGUAGCUGAAAAGAAUGUGGAAGAGUAUGAAAGUAAAUUAAGUAAACAAAAUCAAGGGUUAUGGUCAGCGGUGAAAUACUGGUUGUUAAUUUCGGACAAGGAUGAGAACGAGUUUAUUUUUGAAGAAAUGAAGAAAGUUCCAGCUUAUCUUAAUAACUGUGUUCACUAUUUUUGCAAUAUUUUUAUGUUAAAUGAAAACGUGUUACUUCCGCUAGAAACAGAGGUGGAAGAUCUUUCGCAAGAAAACUCGUCUUUUACAAAUUCUUUCAACUUUGCUCUUUCUAUUACCAAUAAGUUGAGAAGUAAGGCUAAAUUCGUCAACUACAUGGGAGAUCCGGAUCUAAUGCCCAUUGCGAGCUACGAGAACACCAUCUUAGUGAGGAUGUUUUAUCAAAUAGCAUCAAGACUAAAUGAAAUUUAUGGCCAACAGUUCUCUGUGUUGUGGCAUCGAAAUGAUUUUUGGGGAUAUGUAGCGCGUGAAAUAUUGCAGAAACCUUGUACGAUACAAUCUUACAUUAAAGAUGUGACGAAUCACAAUAACAUUGUGAGCCAAAACCUUCCGGCGCGGUUGUCUUUGCGACGUCUCGGCUCCCACGUUUUUAUCUUUUGGAUCAGCAUAGGCUAUUUGAUCUUCAGGCUGUUCUCAAACAGUACUAUAUUAUAUAUUGUUUUUUUAUUUUCAUUGUGGUUCCUGUUUGUGAUAUUAAAAGCUUGUUUGAAAAUGCUGAAAAUUAUGAAAGAUCACUAA